GCACGUGUGGAUGGAUGAUCCUCGUUCCAGUGUUAAAUAACUAAUAACGCAAAUAAAGAUUAAAAAGAAAGAUGGAGACUACAGAUACAGAGGACUUGUUUACUAAGGCUGAGUUGGAUGCGAAAGCAAAUGAAAAACCAUCACCUGAACAGGAGAAACCAGAUGAGCCUGAUGCAGACAUCACUACAGUGAGAGCUGUACAGCAGGACAGUAAUAUUGUACCAGAAACAGGUACAGCAGAGUCAACUCCAGGGCUAAACAAGGACACAGAAACUGGUGUGACUGACAAUGGAGAUGUUGUGCCAGAAACAGGUACAGCAGAGUCCACUCCAGGGGUAAACAAGGACAUAGAGACCAGUGUGACUGACCAUGGAGAUGUUGUACCAGAAACGGGAACAGCAGAGUCAACUCCAGGGCUAAACAAGGACACAGAGACUGGUGUGACUGACAAUGGAGAUGUUGUGCCAGAAACAGGUACAGCAGAGUCCACUCCAGGGGUAAACAAGGACAUAGAGACCAGUGUAACUGACCAUGGAGAAUCUCAGCACCAUCAAGCUCAAAGUGGGCCAUUGCAGCAAGACUCUGAGAGCCAUAAAGCAGGACUUGAGUUGAAUAUUGCUGAGGACACGGGGAUGAGUAUGAAAGGACAUGAGUGCUUUGAUUUUCAAAGUGCAUCAGUAAACGAAGACACUGGGGGUCCAGCAAGUGGGGAAGGAGGAUCUCUGGCUCUUCUCAGCAUGCAGUAUAGAGAUGAGAGCUUAGAAGACCUGUCCGACAGUGAUUCAGACUCAUCGUCAUCUACUUCUUCCUCAUCGUCAUCCUCAUCCAGUCCUGUUGUCUCAGUAGUAAAUGACCUUGAUCGGGGCGAAGAUGACGAUGGUAAUGCUCCUGGAAAAAGACCUCCAGCACCAGUGAAAACUCAAGAUGAGGUGCUUAUUGUGGAUCUCCCUGCAGUAGAAAAUCUGACCAUCAGCCUUCCUGAGGAAACAGAAAUGGAGUCGAUUGGCAUAAUCUCAGGCAUCAUAGAUCAACUAGUUAUUGUAGAGUCGAAAAAGGAUUCUCCACCAAUUAACGAUGAAAGUGUUCUAUUUAACAAGAACAGACUAUCCAUUGGCAAGGUUUUUGAAGUGUUUGGGCCAGUUUGCCAGCCGUACUACGUCUUGAGAUUCAACUCUCAAGAGGAGAUAGAACAAAAGGACCUCAAAAUAAGGGAUCCUGUUUUCUUUGCCCCCAAAAUAAAAGAUUUUACUGGCUACAUUUUUGUUGAACAGAUCAAGCAAAUGAAAGGAUCAGAUGCUUCUUGGAAAAAUGACCAGGAGCCACCACCAGAGGCACUGGAUUUCAGUGACGAUGAAAAGGAGAGGCUAUCCAAGCAGAAGCAGAAACAGCAAAAAAGAUCACAGAAGCAGAACCUAGAGGACUCGGACUCUGACACAGAAUCGUCCAGUAGACCACCGCCUUCCCAGAAACCCCCCAGGAGAAAACCUCGCCAGAACUGGAACUCUCAGCGUGGACGGCCUGCGCAUCACAACCCCCAUCCUGGAUUCUACACCAACUGUCAGGUUAAUCCCCACUUCAGACCAGACUACAUGAUCCCGCCGCCUGCUCCGUUUCAACCUCCUUUUCAAGGUCACAGUUACUCUCCUUACCUCAGAGCGCCCGCUCCUCACAUGGGCCACUGGCACCCUGGCCCCUAUCCAGGACCCAUGUUCUACCCACCACCACCACCUCCACCGCCACCGCCUCCAUCACAUUAAAGCCAAUGUUGUCUCUUUUUGUUUAAGAAGGAUUUAUGACUUACAGAAGGCUAUGAUUUUUUAACCUGCUUCAGCUGAGCUGAAGUGAGUAGUUAAAUCUUUCCUGAAAAGAUGAUGAGUGUGAUAUUAAUGAUAAAAACACAAUCACAGACAAUCUAAAAAGUUAUUUGUUGAAUAUUUGGUUGUGUAGCAGUGCACAAAACUGUAAGAAUCAGACUGAACUGUUGUACAUUGAAAAAUAAGUUUUUCUGUUUAUAAUAAAACUGUAACAUUCUGUUACAAGU